AUGGCAGAAAUAAAAAUGACAUUUUCAAAUUUAGAGGAAAGACAUCUCUCUAACUGCAAAAAUUAUAAAGAUGAGAAAGUGAUGUAUGACAAACUUAUAUCACAAUUUGAAAAUGUUGAGAGCUUUGAAAAUUUGAAUCGUACUUCAAGAAACUUGCAUCGAUUAGCAGAAGGUCAUAUGGAGAUUUCACAUGAAUCUAUGCUUCUCAUGGGAUUAUCGAUUGAUCAGCUUGAUAAAACACAAAGUAGACUUGAUAAAACGGAUCUUGAUUUAAAAGAAACAAAAGCUGAUUUAAAAGAAACAAAAGAUAAACUUGAUAAAACGGAGCUUGAUUUAAAAGAAACAAAAGCUGAUUUAAAAGAAACAAAAGCUGAUUUAAAAGAAACAAAAGAUAAACUUGAUAAAACGGAGCUUGAGUUAAAAGAAACAAAAGCUGAUUUAAAAGAAACAAAAGCUGAUUUAAAAGAAACAAAAGCUGAUUCAAAAGAAACAAAAAAUAGACUUGAGCUUUAUCUGAAUAAUACAACUAAUAUACUUAAUGAAACAAAAGAAAGACUUGGUAAUGAACUAAGUGAAAUGAAGACUGAGUUGAAAAAGACUCAGGACGAGUUAAAAGAUACCAAGGCAAUGACAAAAUUAUUAAGUGUACACAGGGAUUGGAUUGGAAUCUUCAAUCGGAAGUUAAAAAUGAAGCUAGGGGAAGAUGUAUUUAACGAAAUUAAAGAAGCUAUGGAUGAUGCCAGAACUUAUCAGACAGAUAUCACUCAAUGUUCUUGUGUCAAAAAAUUAGAGGAAAUUUUAGAAAAGGUUGGAAUGUCAUUUAAAGACUUUAAGUUAUUGUUUGAAACAAAACAACUUAGCAAUAAAAAAUUCCACAAAAGUCCAGAUCAAACUAUAAAAGAUGCAAAAGAACAAUUGCUGAGAGAUUCAUUUCCAGAAGAACAGAAAAAUCUUGUCACUUCAUUAACUAAGCUUUUUAAUGCUUUAGAAAUUUGGGAUCCGCGUCAUUAG